AAUUUAAAAAAAUAAACCUGUGACCGUUUAAGAUUUAAGAGUGUUUAAUUCUCCAUUUGUUUGACUCAGAUUGGCUUUAGCUUCAUUUUGCAUGGCCUGUCAUGAUAUAGACAGAAUCAUUUUAACUCCCAUGAUCUCAUGUGUCUGUUUAAUGAUGGAAGCUUACUAUUCAGCCUUAGAGGCUAUAGUUAUUUACUUUGUCAUUUUAAUGUUAUGAAAAUGUCUUUCCUUUAGUAAAUUGCUGUUUAGUACAGUAGGAGAGUAACUGAUGAACUUAGCUGUUGCAUUAACCUGAGCAUGUUUCUUUUUUGAUUCAGUUAGAAGUUUGCUCACUGAUGAGAAAUGCAUGUUUUCUGUUUGUGCUGAAAUACUGUUAUACAUGUUGAGUUUUUAAACAGAUGCUCAUAUGUACAUUGUUUAUUGAUGCUAACUGCUUUUGUCCUUUAAGCUUAGAAUCAGGUCCUCCACUCAAGUCGGUAAUGUUGGCUAAGCCUACACAGCCUGCCGGCACUUUUCAUUGGAAUGUAUGUAGAAGUGCAAAAUGCUGUUUGAAAGCAUUUUUUCCAUUUUUAUUAAGUUUUAACCAGUGAUUGUUAAAAGAUGGUCAGAAUCGCACUAUAGGACAUCUUGCGAGCAUAUGGGAUUGUAGUCUGAACCGCGUGAUUCCGGCGUUCAGGCGUUGAGUAAAAAGUGAACAUCUGAAGCAGCUUGGAGAUGGAGGUCCUUUGUAUUCCUGGAACUGCAGCUCUCCAGUGUUGGACUCUCCUUCUCUGAUUGUUUAUCCCACUUUGAGACCGUGCUCCCAGGGGUCUCGGGGUCAUGCUUCAUUUUGACUCGUUCUUUCGUGUUUCUGUACCGGUGGUAUUGUCGCACUUGCCUGUAGAAAGGAGGACAUUUUCUGAGGCCGAUGCUGUUAUGGGGGCUUUGCACUGUGAAGUGAACCCCUGCAGUUAGCGCCCAGUGGAUCUGUGUGUGGCUGCCUUGACUGAUCAAGCUGCACUACAUUCUGUGGUGAACUCCAGCGGUGUAGCCGUGCUGCACUCUAUGGUUGAUUUGACUGGUCUAGCUCUGUUGCAAUCAGUGGUUGAUUGGACUGGUCUAGCUGUGCUGCACUCUAUGGUCGAUAAGACUGGCCUAGCUUCGCCGAGCACUGUGGUUGACUUGGCUGCUUUUAUCAGUGUGGGAGUGCAGAGCUGGCUGUGUCUAGCUGGGCGGACUUUGGACAGGGGAGCAUUUCUGCCGUGUGCUCAAGGUCCUGCGCUCAGAGACUGCGGCUCCACGGCUCGCUGGAGAGCUGGCCACGAGGAUGAGAGUUAGGGCCCCGGGCACCCCAGAGCAAAGGACCCAGGAGUGAGAGAAUCAGAAUACGAGACCCCAACCAGGGAGGCCGCGACAUCACAGAGGAGAUCAUGUCAGGGGGCAGGACUGCCUCCACCCCGACACCUCCACAGUCUGCCAUGCAGGGCGUGGACGGAGGCGGCCUCGCCCAGGCCAACGGUGAGAACGUGACACCUGCCGCGUUGCCCGUCGGACAAGAUGACAGAGCGAAGCCCCCGGCCCCUGCCCCCACUCCCCCCCCUUGCAAGCCUUUGGAGGUGAACCCUAAAGAGGCCCCUGCAGGCGAAAGCAAGCCUGACACGGACACUAGGGUGGCCCCCCUGAUGGAGGUGCCCAUUCCCCCCGGGGAGUCUCCCGUCAACACUAACGCCUCGCCCACACCCCCGCCGGACGUCCCCAUCAGCGACAUCGUGGACUCCCCCACGGGACCCCCGGCCGCUGCCCCGACCGUCACGGCGCCCCAGGACGCCGCCCCCGUCCCCCCGACGACGGCGGAGCAGCCCCCGUCCCCCGAGCCUGAGAAGAAAGAAGAGGAGGAGGAAGAGGAAGUGAGGGAGGAGGAAGAGAAGAAAGAGGAAGCGGAGGAGGAGAAGGAGCAGGCCGUCGAACCCGAGCCUGUCCCCAUGCCUUCCUCCCCCGUCCCCCCCUCUGCCCCGUCCCCUACCCCUACCCCUGCCCCUGACACUGCUGCCCCUGCACCUGACACUGCUGCCACGCCCAGCGCUCCGCCCAGCGCUCCGCCCAGCGCUCCGCCCGCCGCCGCUAACGGACUGGGCGCCGAGCCUCUGACUGAAGAGCGGGCCGAGAGCCCGCCCCCUGAACCCGAGGCCCCCGAGGAGCCGCCCGUCAGCCCCGUCACCCCAAUCACCCCCAUCACCCAGCCCGAGGAGCUGCUGCUCUCCAACGGCCUGGCGGCCCCAGGGGCCCCGGACCCCGACGAGGCGUCCGAGGAGCCGCCCGAGUGCGACAUCAGCCCCAUCGCCGAGCCCGAGGUCGCCCCGCUGGCGGAAGCCCCGCCCGCGCUCGCCGCGACGCCCGCGGCCCCCGCCCCCGCCGCCACGACCCCGCCCCCUCCCGCUGAGGAGAGGGAGGACACGCCCCCUCCGCAGGCCGCCGCCGCCGCAGAGGAGAUCUCUAUGCAAGCUGCUGUCUCUGUGCCAAAGAAGAAGAGAAAAAUGAAGGAACUGAACAAAAAGGAGGCUGUGGGAGACAUCUUGGAUGCCUUUAAAGAGGAGCAGGUGGUGGAGAGCCCCCCGGAGCCGGAGCAGGCCCAGUCCGCCCCCGCCCUCCCCGCCCCCGCUGCCGCGGAGGAGGUGGACGAGACCUGGGAGGAGAAGGAGGACAAGCUCGACGCCGAGAACAUCGAACCAGAGGCCGUCAAACCCGGAGACCAGAAGUAUCAGUACAAAGAAGAGCAAUGGAAGCCCAUCAACCCCGAAGAGAAGAAGAAAUACGACCGCGAGUUCCUGCUGGGCUUCCAGUUCAUCAGUGCCAGCAUGCAUAAACCCGAGGGACUGCCGCACAUCACCGAAGUGGUGCUGGAUAAGGCGAACAAGACCCCGCUGCGCCCCCUGGACCCCAGCCGCCUUACAGGCAUGAACUGCGGGCCAGACUUCACUCCCUCUUUCGCCAAUUUGGGGAGACAGCCCAUGGGUGGCCGAGGACCGCCCUCUGGAAUGGGCGGCCCCCGCCGCUCCCAGCAGGGCCAGCGCAAGGAGCCGCGCAAGAUCAUCGCCAGCGUCUCGCUCACCGAGGACGUGAAGCUCAACAAGGCCGAGAAGGCCUGGAAGCCGUCGGCCAAGAAGCCGGUGGCCAAAGAGAAGACCGAGGAGGACCCCGAGAUCGUCAAGACCCAGGACCUGUUCCGCCGCGUGCGGAGCAUCCUCAACAAGCUCACGCCCCAGAUGUUCCAGCAGCUCAUGAAGCAGGUGACGGAGCUGACCAUCGACACGGAGGAGCGGCUCAAGGGCGUCAUCGACCUGAUCUUCGAGAAGGCCAUCUCCGAGCCCAACUUCUCCGUCGCCUACGCCAACAUGUGCCGCUGCCUUAUGGGGCUCAAAGUCCCCACCACCGACAAGCCGGGAGUCACUGUGAAUUUCCGCAAGCUGCUGCUGAACCGCUGCCAGAAGGAGUUUGAGAAGGACAAGGACGACGACGAGAUCUUCGAGAAGAAGCAGAAGGAGCUGGACGCUGCUGCUGUGGAGGAGGAGAAGCAGCGCCUCAAGGAGGAGCUGGACGAUUCCAAGGACAAGGCCCGGCGGCGGUCUCUGGGCAACAUCAAGUUCAUCGGCGAGCUCUUCAAGCUGAAGAUGCUGACGGAGGCCAUCAUGCACGACUGCAUCGUCAAACUGCUGAAGAACCACGACGAGGAGUCGCUGGAGUGCCUCUGCCGCCUGCUGUCCACCAUCGGGAAGGACUUGGACUUUGAGAAAGCCAAGCCUCGCAUGGACCAGUACUUCCACCAGAUGGAGAAGAUAAUCAAGGAGAGGAAGACCUCGUCUCGAAUCCGUUUCAUGCUCCAGGACGUGCUGGACCUCCGACGGAACACCUGGGUCCCCAGGAGGGGAGACCAGGGGCCCAAGACAAUCGACCAGAUCCACAAAGAGGCGGAGCUGGAGGAGCACCGGGAGCAGAUCAAGGUGCAGCAGCAGCUCCUGUCCAAGAAGGACACGCGGGGCAGCGGCGGCAGCGGCAGCAGCGGGGCCGGGGGCCGCAGCGGCGGGCCCCCCCACCCCGCCGGGAGCCGCAUCAGCGUCCCCCAGGACGAGGGCUGGAACACCGUCCCCAUCUCCACGAAAAACCGCCCCAUCGACACCAGCCGGCUGAGCAAGAUCACCAAGCCUGGUGCGCUGGACUUCAACAAUCAGCUCCUUGCCCCCGGGGGCAAGGGCACGUGGGGCAGCUGGGGCAAAGGCAGCAGCGGAGGUUCGGGCUCCAAGCCCAGUGGAGAACCAGCCCCUGAGUCGGGACGUCCUGCCACCAGCACCCUGAACCGCUUCUCCGCCCUGCAGCAGUCAGCGUCCUCUGCUUCCGCCCCCCCCUCUGCCGACAGCGACCGGAGGGUCCCGCAGAGGAGCAGCUCCAGCCGCGAGCGCAGCGACCGCUUCGAGCGCCCCGAGCGCCUGGACCGGGGCAGCGACCGCUUCGAGCGGCGGGACGAGCGCGCGAUGGAGCGGGGCGACCGCAACCGGCCCCCCGUCACCAAGCGGAGCUACAGCCGGGAGACGGAGGAGCGCAGCCGCGAGAGGGACCGCCGCGGCUCGGCCGACCCCGUGCGCCGCGUGUCCAGCAUGACCGACGAGCGCGACCGCGGCAGCCGCGAGCGCGAGCGCGACCGCGCCCGGAGCAAGGAGAGCGUGAAGCGCGAGGCCACGCCCACUCCCCCACCCACCCAGGCCAAGCCCGCCAUGAGCGAGGAAGAGCUGGACAAGAAGUCCACCGCCAUCAUCGAGGAGUACCUGCACAUCAACGACAUGAAGGAGGCGCUGCAGUGCGUGCAGGAGAUGAACUCGGCGCAGCUGCUCUUCGUGUUCGUGCGGAACGGCAUCGAGUCGACGCUGGAGCGCAGCACCAUCGCCCGCGAGCACAUGGGCAUCCUCCUGCACCAGCUGGUGAAGGCGGGCACCCUGCCCACCGAGCAGUACUACAAGGGGCUGCAGGAGAUCCUGGAGGUGGCGGAGGACAUGGCGAUAGACAUCCCCCACAUCUGGCUGUACCUGGCUGAGAUCAUCAGUCCCAUGCUCCACGAAGGAGGCAUCCCCAUGGGAGAGCUCUUCAAGGAGGUGUCCAAACCACUGGUCCCGCUGGGCAAGGCCGGCGUCCUGCUGGCGGAAAUCCUGACCUUACUGUGCAAGGGAAUGAGCCAUAAGAAGGCCGGGGUGCUGUGGAGAGAGGCCGGCCUCAGCUGGAAGGACUUCCUGCCCGAGGACGAGGACGUUAACAAGUUUGUGACUGAGAAUAAAGUGGAGUUCACACUGGGAGAUGAUUCUGAGAAGACCAGCAAGCAGGAGCUGUCUUCUGAGGAACUGUGCAGACACAUGGACAAGCUGAUCCAGGAAAAGGCCGACAACCAGAGGAUCUACGAUUGGGUGGAGGCAAACCUGGACGAGCAGCAGACUUCUUCCAACAUGUUCGUACGGGCAGUGAUGACCUCCGUGUGUGUCUCCGCCAUUAUCUAUGAGAACCCAUGCAAAGUGGAUGCAGAGCAGAUCACGCUGAGAGCCAAGCUGCUGCAGAAGUACCUGACGGACGAGCAGAAGGAGCUGCAGGCCCUGUACGCCCUCCAGGCCCUCAUGGUUAAGAUGGAGCAGCCGGCCAAUCUCCUGCGGAUGUUCUUCGACACGCUCUACGACGAGGACGUGAUCAAGGAGGAGGCCUUCUACAAGUGGGAGUCCAGCAAGGACCCCGCCGAGCAGCAGGGCAAGGGCGUGGCCCUCAAGUCCGUCACCGCCUUCUUCACCUGGCUCCGCGAGGCGGAGGACGAGUCCGAUAACAGUUAGGCUCGCCAGCGCCCUCUGGAGCAAGGGAGGGCAGGCGUGCGCCUGGAGAGAGGAGGGUUGGACUGUUUGUCAGGCUGGGGGUGCGUCAGAAUUGGCGCAGUCCUUCCGCAAAUCUCUUGGUUGGAGCGAUUCUACAGAUCGGACAUGCCAUCGUUUAUUUUUUUAUUUUUUAUUUUUUUUCUUCUGGCAAAUGUCUUUAACAAAAUGAAAUAAAAUUAAAAUAAUUGAAAAAAAAGAAUGAUAAAGAUAUAAACUGUGGGAGUGCAGUUCCUUCAGCAUUUUGGUUUUAUCUAGUUUUAAAGCGUCACUACACAAUUCGACGUCAAAUAAAAUCCAGAACAGAUAAACUAAGGCUGCUCUUAUAUUUGAAUAUAUCAUAUUGCGUUUAUGAAACAUGAUGCGUAUCAUGUGUCAUAUGUGUAUGAUAUACAUGCCGCUCUUACGUAGGUGGGUAGUAUUUUCUUUUUCUUAGGUGUAGGACGAUUGGAGUGUUUUUUUAAUAUAAAGGAAAAAUACAAAGUGGACAAGCUGGAGUUGUCUUUUCGGGACAUUUCAGAACGGAGACAAAUGGACUACAAGCUUUUUGGGGUAGGGGGGGACUUCCUGUUGUCUGCAGGAACAAGGGGGUGUGGCCGAGGGCAGAAUGGACAUUGACCUUGCUGCUGGGGUCACGCUGCUCCCUCUAGGCCACGCCCACCCCUGUCCUGCGUGUCCGUUUGACUUUUCUCCUACACUUAAUCUGUGGGGGGCCUGGCAAGGCCCUCCGGCAAGCCUGUAGUGGAUUUUAAAAGAUAAAAUCAUUAUUAAAACUUGAAAGUAUAUAGAAAAUUCAACUUUAAAAGUAAAAAGGCAAAAAAAAAAAAUAAACAAAAAAAAAACAAACAGUACAGAUCCUAAAGGCUUUUCUGCUUCCGUAAGCAGAAAAAACAUUUCAGGAGAGUUCUGUAAAUAUAUAUUAAGGUUUUUUUUUUUUUUUCUUAUUUUUCAAAAAUAAAAAUGCUAAUGUAAUGCCAUGUAAUUUUUUUUUUUUCUUUCCAACAAAAAAGUGGCUGAGUUUUCCUGUAUUUAUAUUUUUUUCCUCCUUGGCUAGAAAGAAGGUGCUUGUAAUUAUCACCUGAAUUCAUUGAUUACAAUUUAAUUGAAAUUUGUAAAUACUUUUUUGCUUUCUUUAUUAAGUAUUUAAUUAAAAAAUUAAUGCCUCUUUUCACAUCGGAACUGGAAAAGAUAAAAUAAAGAACAUUGCAAAUAAAGAGAAGUUGCUUGCUGUGUGCUGUAGGGGAGCCUCAUUUCCUCUGGGAGGGAGGGUUCGACCCUGUCGCGUUCGGGGUGUUACUCGCUGGCGUUUCAGAGCACUGACGGUGUGAAGGGUGACGGUGCUCCUUCCUGUGAGUGAGUAACCGUGUGGUCUGAGGUGAACGGGCGCUCCGUGACGCUGCAGUGGCUUACUCUGCUCCUCAUACCGUCCUGACCCCUCGGGCUGAGAAAUUCCUCCAGAAGAGGGAGAUUCCUUUUCGCUGGUGUUUCGCUGCUUAUGGCCUGCCAUCUUGUAACACUCCGAUAAACAUACAUAAAUAGACAAACCUCAGCCAGAUUUUUUUUUUUUUUUUUAAGCUUCCAUUCAGUCUUUUUAAAAUUUGAUGAAUGAAAAUGUGUGAUGGGGAUGAGAGUUCAAAGAAUUGUGCACAGCUGGCUAUGCUGGCUGCUGUUAAUAGUCCAGAUGCUGCUGAAGCUGUGUUGAUAUUAAGAACAUUAACAGGGCAUUUACGCUGAAUAUUACCUAAAGUCAGUUUGCUUUUUAGUCGGUGACUAUGGCACUUGAACCCAUAAUCACCCGUAAUGUUUUUAAAUGACACCUGCUGCUUUACUUGCACGCGAAAAAUUAUUCCUUCUGAUUGGUGCGCAGCUGGGAUGUCUAACUGACUGUGUCAAGCUCAAAUAUGUCCUUAAAUGCAAUUCUGACCUAAUCAAGCAAGCAUCUCCAUAAUGUAAUUCAUGAUUCAAGUUGGAUGUUGCAACUGCCCCUGUGUUUUUAAAGCCCUUCCCCUAUGGUCCUGUGUUAUGUCUAAGGAAGCCAGAAGACCCUGUAAUUUUCAAAAAGUUGCUCUUGUUUGUGGAACCUCCUUGUUUGAAGUUUAACUUCCACUGGAAUUAAACCAUCCUCAAUAUGA